UUUUAUUUUUAGGUUUUCCAUUCCAAGUGAACCUCUUAAAAGUUUUUCUUUUUGUGUGUGUGUGUCUGUGAUCAUGUAUGUGUGAGUGCAUGUGUGUUUGUCUGUGAUCAUGUAUGUGUGAGUGCAUGUGUGUUUGUAAUCAUGUAUGUGUGAGUGCAUGUGUGUUUGUCUGUGAUUAUGUAUGUGUGAGUGCAUGUGUGUUUGUCUGUGAUCAUGUAUGUAUGUGUGAGUGCAUGUGUGCACUGAGGCUGGAGGACAACUUCAAGUGUUAUUCCUCAGGUGGUGGCAUCCACCUUUUUUCUUUCAAUCUUUUUAUUUUGUGGGUGUGAGUGUUUUGCCUUCAUAUAUUAUGUGCACUGCUUGUGUGCCUGAUUUGGUGGGGGGAGGCUGAACCAGGGGUUAUGCAUGGUUGUGAGCCACUGAGUGGGUGCAGAGAAUAGAACUGCACCAAGGUCCUCUGCAAGAGCAACUUGUGCUGUUAACUGCUGAGCUAUCCUUCCAGCUUCCCCUUUUAAAAAACGAAUUUCAGUUAGCUUGCCAGUACUGAGUUCACAAAGUGUGGGCUACCACACUUGAUCUUUUUUUUUUUUUUUUAAACGUAGGUUCCAGAAGCUAAACUCAAAUAUUCAUGGUUGCAAGGCAAGCGUUUUAUCAAUUGUUUCAUCAAUCAGUCUCUAGGUAUUUCUUUUUAAUAUUAAUGUUUGAGCAAAUGUGCAAAGCAUUAAAGAGAAGACCAGCAAGAUGGUCGGUGGGUAAAGGCACCUGUUGCCUGUCUGAGCAUGGUGGAGGAAGGAGACUCCAGCUAGUUUUACCUGGAUCUUCACAACGCACACCAAGACUGAAAGUCUUCUCUCCUUAUAUCUUAACUGUCCAGGUCCCUCCAUGGUAGCAGCUGUCUGUCUGUCUUCAAUCCUCAUUAUCAUAGUAGGAAUACUUUAUAUUUAGCAUGCAUGUACAUGGAUAUAGAUGUAUGUGCUUUUUCUCCUUUUGAUUAAUAGUUCUAAAUGAAAAAUAAUGUUCACUUAAGAUGUUUUGUUUCUAAAAUUUUUUGUGCAUGCAUUAAUGAAAAUCCAUUUUUAGCGGCUGGAGGAAUGGCUCAGUGGUUAAAAGUACUGUCUGCUCUUGCUGUAGGACCUAGGUUCAAUUCCUAGCACCCACAUAAUGGCUCACAACCAGCUGUAACUCCAGUACCAGGGGAUCCAGUGCUUUCUUCUGGCUUCUGUGGAUCUUGUAUACACAUGGUACACAGAAAUACAUGCAGGCAAAACACACACAUGCAUAAAUUGAUAGAAAGAAUGCAUUUUGAAAAAAUGAGUAAAUAAAUCUGAUUUCUAACCUUUAUUUUGCAAGUUUUCAGGAAUUUAAUAAUUCAAUAACUUUUUCUUUUCCAUUGGUGAGGAGGUUUUAAGGGGAAUGGGAUGGCUGUUAUGGAGUAGGGGUGAUGAUAUAUGCUUAUAAUCCCAACAUUGAUUAGGCCAGCUGGGGCUACAUAAACCCUAUCUCAAAAAUGUAGGUGGGGUUAUAAAUGUGAUUUCCCAGGAGCACAGCACUUGUGCAGGGGCUGUACACAUGACUCCCCAGGAGCAUGGUACUCUUGGAAGGGCUUGAACAUUGCUUUGUCAGAAGAUGCUGUCAAUGUAUGAAGAGUCUAGAAAGAUACUUUAAAACACUGCAUAUCACUAUUGCAAUCUGAUUUAUAUAUUCUACAUGCUGUUCUGGACAUACAUUAGGUUUUAUAUACUCUACCCUGAACAGGUUUUGUGGUUAGGGCUUCUGACCUAUGACUGUAAAAGGUUGUGACACUCAGGUCCCACACAGCUAAUUAGAAGAACUUGUAUUCAAGUGCCAAGUGUCAUGCGGCCAGAGCUUUCCCUUCUCACCACACUCAUCUCGAGCCACUUGUUCCCUCCCUGGCCCCGGGCAUGAAUGGCUGUGUGGCUGCUGAGUGAGGGCUGACCACCCGUGCUUUCUGUGUUUCCUGUGGUUCGGGUGAUGUGCCCGACUGGCAGACACACACCGUGGAGGAGAGCUGGAGUUAGGUGUCCUCACUCACAGAGAACAUGAAUUGAAUAGAACUGGAGCUGGGGAGAGCUUAGCAGCUGGGCAGGAGGAACUCUUCCUGAGAGAACCCUAGCAAAGCCCACAGCUACAGCUGGCCUCCGAUGGCAGAGAGUAUGAAGGCAGCAUGGACUAGGGCUCCACCAGUGUGCUAGUGGUGGAGGGUGGGAUUUUGAAAUCCAUAGAUGAUGACGAUGAUGAUGACGAUGAUGGUGUGUGUGUGUGUGUGUGUGUGUGUGUAGGCCAUAGGUCAGUUUCAUGUCAUUCCUCAGGUGCCUGAUGAGGUUAGGCUGGCUGGCCCAUGAACCCCAGAGAUCUGCCUGUCUCUGCCACACCUUUGUUUUUUAAUUUUCUUUUUAAGAAUGUUUUGUUAUGUGUAUGAGUGGGUCUUUUCUGAGUGUGUGACUGGGUAGGUACCAUGUGAAUAAUGUCUGAUGUCUGUGAAAACCAGAAGAGGGUAUUGGAGCCUCUGAAACAAGUUACAAAAGGUUGUGAACUGUGUGGUUGUUGGGAAUCAAACCUGGGCCCUCUAGAAGAGCAAACAGUGCUCUUAACAGCUGAGCCAUCUCUCCAGCUCAUUUUUCAAACACAAGUUUUAAGGUUCAAAUUCAAGUCUUCGUUUUUUGUAUGACAAGUACUUUACCAACUAAAUUAUCUCCUGAAAAGAGUUAGGGGUGGGGGGGAGGAGGCGAUAUGCCUGGCAAAUAACGGAAAGGAGGGAGUAGUCCACCCUAGAUAACAGGAUAGAAGGGAUAACCUGGGCUGGCAGUAGAGAGGGCAGACUGAGCCACAGUGGCUGUGCUCGGAUCUGUGCUGUGAGGUAGAUGGGAAGCAGCCGUUGGUCAGCGUCAGAGCUGCUGCUGAUCAGAGAUAUAAAGGAGAGGAGCAAAGCAUGCUGGAAUGUUUUUAAGGGAAGACAGGGUAGAAGCUACAGGCGGACAGUGAAAGUAUUUUUUUUUAAAGAAUGCUUGAUGCAGAGGGGCAGAAUUCCAAGAGGGAGAGAAAUGGUAGAAUAGAAGAGAGUGUUGCUGAAGCUCCUGUGGGAAGUGAGUAGGUAGAGCUGUGGGCUGGCCACUCAGCUUAUGAGAGCUCUUGAUGAAGAGUAAGAAGGUCAGAGAGGAUCUUCAGGCAUAGAAAGAAUGCCUGGUGGUGGUGGUGGCACACACCUUCACCAGAAGCACAGAAGCAGGCCGAUCUCUUGAGUAUGAGGCUAGCUGGUCUACAGAGAGAAAAGUAUGAGAAGGGCAGGCAGGGAAAGACUCUCAAGCAGCUCAGGCAUGAGCGAGAUUGGGGCUUGGAAGGGGAUGCAGACUGUUCAGUUCCUUUUCCUGUGGUUGUAUUUAACUGCAGAAACAGAGCAGACAGGGGAGCUCGAUUAGCCAAGGCCACUGUUCUGACAUUGUGGCCUCUUCCUGUCUGAUACUGGAGGAGGCAACCUGAUGGUCCUCUGACAACUGUUCACCUCAGCACUGAGGAAGCAGAUGGCAAUGUCACAGACACAGGAUUAUGAAUGCAGAAGCCACCAUGUCGAUGAGCAGGAGCCUAGGAUUCCUGGGUCGAGUACCAGGUUGGAGUGGGUGGAGAUCAUUGAGCCGCGCACGCGCGAACGUAUGUAUGCCAACCUGGUCACCGGGGAGUGCGUGUGGGACCCACCAGCGGGCGUGCGCAUCAAGCGCACCAGUGAGGACCAGUGGUGGGAGCUCUUCGACCCCAAUACAUCACGCUUCUACUACUACAGUGCUGCUUCGCAGCGCACCGUGUGGCAUCGCCCACAGAACUGCGACAUCAUUCCGCUGGCCAAACUGCAGACGCUGAAACAGAACACUGAGUCUCCGCGUGCCUCUGCAGACAGCAGCCCAGGGAGGGGCAGUCGAGAUGGUAGCACGGGCUCCUCGCUGGAACCCGAGCCUGAAGAAAGGGCACAGGAGCUGCCAGUUCGUGGUGGGCGGGCGACAACCUUGGUCACUUCGAAGGAGGAGACUAGCAGUUGUUCACCACCAGGUGUACUCCUGGAGAAGGACUAUGAGGUGUACCGGGAUUACAGUGCUGACGGCCAGCUCCUUCACUACAGGACAUCCUCUCUGCGAUGGAACUCUGGUAAUAAGGAACGCAUGCUCAUCAAGGUUGCUGACCGCGAACCCAGCUUCCUCACUCCCCAGGGCAAUGGCUAUCCAGCAGACAACCAACCAGUGGGGCAUCACCGCAGACCGUCUGGCAGCCAGCACUCACCUAACUUGCAGACCUUUGUCCCUGACAAUGAUGGCACUGUCUUCUUUCCAGAAAGGCGGCCCUCACCCUUCCUAAGGAGGGCUGAGCUCUCUGGAAACUGUUCACCAUUGCUGAUACAGCCCCGAAAGCCCUCCAGUGACUCACAGCCCUCCUCCCCACGCUACGGUUAUGAACCCCCACUCUAUGAGGAGCCUCCAGUGGAAUACCAGGCCCCCAUUUAUGAUGAACCUCCCAUGGAUGUACAGUUUGAACCCAACAGCCCCUACCAGACAGGCUCACCACAGCGGUCACCAGGCCGAAAGCCCCAUCCAUUCCUGCAAGCUACCAAACAGACCCCAACAUCACCCUGCCAGCAGCUGAUGCGCACCAAGCAAAAGUGCCCUGAGCGUUUUCUGAGCCUGGAAUAUAGUCCUGUGGGCAAAGAGUACGUGCGGCAGCUGGUGUAUGUGGAGCAAGCAGGUUCCAGUCCCAAGCUUAGAGCUGGGCCCAGGCACAAGUAUGCACCCAACCCAGGUGGUGGCACCUACUCUCUGCAGCCCAGCCCCUGCCUGCUAAGAGACCAGCGCCUGGGGGUCAGGUCAGGAGACUACAGCACCAUGGAAGGGCCUGAGUCACGCUCAAGCCAACCACCCACACCACUGCCCCAAGCCCAGGAGGAUGCCAUGUCCUGGUCCAGUCAGCAGGAUACCAUGUCUUCCACAGGCUACUCCCCAGGCACUCGUAAGAGAAAGAACAGAAAGCCUUCUCUGUGCCAAGUCCCUAGCACCUCCUCCACUGACGGUGCUGGGGACCUGCUAGGAGACCAGCCUCUGACUGAAGAGCGCUCUCCAUGCAGGUCCAGCCUUACCCCAGUAAAGGCUGAGACCGACCUAGUACGAGGCACACCUGAGCCCUUCCUGGCACAGGCCCGGCUGGCCUGGGAGGCGCAGCAAGCCCACUUUCACAUGAAGCAGAGGGGCAGCUGGGACUCCCAGCAAGAUGGCUCAGGGUAUGAGAGUGACGGCGCUGUCCCACUGCCCAUGCCUGGGCCUGUAGUGCGAGCAUUCAGUGAGGAUGAGGCGCUCGCACAGCAGGACAGCAAGCACUGGAAGCGGAGCACCUUUGAAAAGCUUGGUUUCCCUCAGAUCCUGCUGGAAAAAAGCAUCUCUGUGCAGACCAACCUGGCCUCACCGGAGCCUUACCUCCAUCCCUCACAGUCUGAGGACCUUGGAGCCUGCGCCCAGUUUGAGAACAGCCGGCAGAACCGCAGUGCAGUGCCCAGCUCCAGCUGUGUCUUCCCCACAUUCACGCUUCGUAAGCCCUCCUCAGAGACGGACAUCGAGAACUGGGCCUCCAAGCACUUCAACAAGCACACCCAGGGUCUCUUCCGGCGAAAGGUAUCCAUAGCCAACAUGUUGGCCUGGAGCAGUGAGUCCAUCAAGAAGCCCAUGAUUGUGACUAGUGACCGGCAUGUGAAGAAGGAGGCCUGUGAGAUCUUCAAGCUAAUCCAGAUGUACAUGGGCGACAGGCGGGCCAAGGCAGACCCGCUGCACGUAGCCCUAGAGAUAGCCACCAAAGGCUGGAGUGCACAGGGCCUACGGGAUGAGCUGUAUAUUCAGCUAUGCCGGCAAACCACAGAGAACUUCCGCCUAGAGAGCCUGGCCCGUGGCUGGGAGCUCAUGGCCAUCUGCCUGGCUUUCUUCCCACCAACCCCCAAGUUCCACUCCUACCUAGAGGGCUAUAUCUACCGGCACAUGGACCCCGUUAACGACACCAAAGUGACACAGCACAUAAAAGAGCUUCUGGAAAGAAACAGUAAGAAGAAGUCCAAACUGAGAAAGAAACCCAAGCCUUAUGUUGAAGAGCCAGAUGGGGUGGCAAUAAGCACCUAUGCGAAGUACUGUUACCACAAACUACAGAAGGCAGCCCUGACUGGGGCCAAGAAGGGCCUGAAGAAGCCUAACGUGGAGGAGAUACGACAUGCCAAGAACGCAGUGUUCAGCCCGUCCAUGUUUGGCAGUGCACUGCAGGAGGUGAUGAGCAUGCAGAAAGAGCGCUAUCCCGACAGGCAGCUGCCCUGGGUACAGACACGGCUCUCCGAGGAGGUCCUGGCACUCAACGGUGACCAGACGGAGGGUAUCUUCAGGGUCCCUGGUGACAUUGAUGAGGUGAAUGCCCUGAAGUUGCAGGUGGAUCAGUGGAAGGUGCCUACAGGACUGGAGGACCCCCAUGUCCCUGCAUCGCUGCUGAAGCUGUGGUAUCGGGAGCUGGAAGAGCCCUUGAUUCCUCAUGAAUUCUACGAACAAUGCAUUGCGCACUACGAGAGCCCGGAGGCUGCUGUGGCCGUGGUGCACGCGCUACCGCGCAUCAACCGAAUGGUGCUGUGCUACCUCAUUCGCUUCCUCCAGGUGUUCGUGCAGCCAGCCAAUGUAGCCAUCACCAAAAUGGACGUCAGCAACCUGGCUAUGGUGAUGGCACCCAACUGCCUGCGCUGCCAGUCGGAUGAUCCUCGUGUCAUCUUCGAGAAUACACGAAAGGAGAUGUCCUUCCUUCGAGUGCUCAUUCAGCAUUUAGAUACCAGCUUCAUGGAGGGCGUGCUAUAGCACGCGGGCUAUGGACUCCUAGGGUGACACCCGGGGAGGUGGGAGGGAAGGCCCCAGCGCGAGGCAGCAUGCCAGGCCCCGCCAGCCGCCCGCCCUGCCCCAGGCCCUCCCGGGCAAAGCAGCCACGCCAUAUCUCGUGGCCAGUUCCUGUGGGUACCGGCUCGCCCUGCCGGUCGCAAGCAAGCCAGCCCCGAGAAGUGCCUUCUGUUUCCCGGAGCCGAGCAACACUGCCCUCCUGGUCGGCUGAAGCACAUACCGCGUUGCUCAGGGCAACACGACCUUGUUCCCCUCUUCAGAGCAAUCCUCCACCAAGGCACUCGUGCCCUGAUCCCUCUUACCCUAGUCUAGGGGCCUCUGGCUGGGGCCUGAAGGAGAAUUAGAGGUGCUCUGGAGAGCUGUGCUGGCCACCACUAGGACACAACUCUGUUGACCCAAUGCCUAAUAGGUCUUUGUGAAAGGGGAGGCCCCAAACCAAAGCCCUCUAGGGCAGGGCCAGGGCUAGGCAGGCUUUCUUGGGGAGGGUGGGGGAGGAUGAGAGGUUUUGUUUUGUUUUGGGGGGCUUUUUUUUUUUUUUGAGUACAGAACCUAUCCCAUACCCAGCCUACUUGUGUAUAAAGAUAUAAAUAGAAUGACAGAUGUCAGAACUAAGUUUGCUAAGGACAUAGUUUUAACCAGAUGCUAUUUAUCUCUUGAACUGCCGUGUGGUCCUCGCGCUGAGCAAGUUAGCACCACCCUCCUUUGACCUCGCGGCCUCCGACCAAACUCCACUCACAGGCGGCGCGCGGAUGAGACCUGCCUGGACUGGUCUGCGUUUUCCAUUCUGGAAUCUGAGUUCAAACAAAUUGUCAAACUUCAUUUCUCCUGUUUAUAUAUAUAUAUAUUUUUUAGAGUUUUUAUUUAUUAAAAACAAAAGUCCCGCCAUACGGAGGCCCGCAGCUCUCUGGGUCAGGUCCUGGACCUCUCCAGGACCUCUCUGGCCGCAGGCGCUCCCUCGGACGUGUGGAUCGAGGGGACAGUGCUCCGUGUGAAUAAAGUUCAAGUGCACACUCGC